AUGUAUUCGGUUUCACGCCUCGCGAGGAGGUUCUGUGCAACGCUCGCUGCCUCUCCGGCGGCCAUUGUCGGCGAGGCUGCUGAUGCUAUUUCUACUCGGAAGACGGCGAAGAAGCAUCGCUCUGUCUACAAGAAACUCUCAAACAUUGGCUCGAGGGGAGGGAAAAUGGAAGAAACGCUGAAUAAAUUAAACAUGGAAGGUAUCCCUAUAGUAAAACACGACCUUGUUCGCUACGCCAAGGAUCUCCGCAAGAAUCGUCUACCUCAACGCGCUCUCGAGGUCUUUGAGUGGAUGGAGAAAAAGGAAAUUGCAUUCACUGGCAGCGACCACGCAAUCCGUUUAGAUCUUAUUGCAAAGACCAAAGGCUUAGAGGCUGCUGAAAACUACUUCAACACUCUAGACCCUUCGUCCAAGAACCGUUCUAGCUACGGCUCCCUCUUGAACUGCUACUGCGUGGAACGCGAUGAAGACAAAGCAAAGUCACAUUUUGACGAGAUGGUUAAUCUCAAUCUCGUGACUAACUCUUUACCCUUUAAUAACCUCAUGGCUAUGUACUUGCGUCUAGGUCAACCCGAAAAGUAUCAGCACUGGUUGCUGAAAUGA